AUACUCAUCAAAUAUCUAUCAACGGAAACGAAUGGAGACAAAAGAACGACACAUCCUGCCAUUCUCCUCAGCUCCGAGGAGGAGGAGCAAGAAGGUCGCUUUUCCCGAUGGUACAGCCAUUUGAACCUCUCCUUAGAGGCGCCAGUAUCGGUCCUCGACACGCCACAUGUCCGGCAGGGCAACUGUCCUUUAAGGCCAGACUUCUUUAUGACCUACCCGGAACAAUGUAACCCUACCACGAUGGUAUCGAGUCAACUGGCAGACGCAUGCUGCCCUGCAAACAUGUCUGCACCAGAAAUGCCGGUUUCACAACUUAGCGCUAUUUGGGUUCUGGUGAGGCCAAUUCCCGAGUCAGCCUCGUUUGUCGAUUUAAGCGACAGUUUCGUGUAG